AUGUUAUACUCAAAUAGUGUGAACAUGGGAUAUUCUUUCUCCUCCACCAUUGUAACAUAUUCGCAGUACAUUACGUUCGUUACCUGGCAUGCUUUUCUUUUGUCUCAGCUGUUCCUAGUCAAGCUUUCAUCUGGCUCUAUUUAUUCCAGCUUGCACGAUCAUCAGGUUGAUAUGGGUAAGCUACAAAAGCUGGACAACAGGAUUCAACUUAUAUUGCAAAAUGGUGUUCGAGAUAAGCACCGAACUGUUUUUGUCAUGAUUGGUAGUAAGAGCCAAGAUCAAGUUCCCAUAAUGCACCAGAUUUUGAAUUCGCUUUUCAAUAAAGGCCGACUCAGUUUGCUCUGGUGCUACAAGAAAGAAUUGUCCUUCAGCACACAUCGGAAAAAGAAUUUGAAACUGUUGAAUAAACGACGGAAAGCAGGAUUUACGAGCGAUGCAACGAUAUUUGAGCAGUUUAUUUGUACUACGGAUAUCCGCUGGUGCUACUAUCACGAAUCGCACAAAAUUCUUGGCCAGACGUUCGACAUGUGUAUUUUGCAAGACUUCGAGGCACUGACCCCUAAUACCAUUGCCCGGACUAUUGAAACAGUGACCGGAGGCGGAUUGAUCAUCUUUUUGCUCAGCUCAAUGGAUUCGCUGCGACAGUUAUGCACAAUGACAAUGGAUGUUCAUUCACGCUACCGCACUGAAGCUCACGGCGAUGUGGUUUGUCGUUUCAACGAACGAUUUCUUUUGUCCCUAGCGAACAACUACCGUUGUCUGGUGUUGGACGAUCGUUGGCAAGUACUACCGCUUUCCAAAAAGGUCCUGAACAGCAUCCAGUCAAAAAAUCGUACGGAUCAUUCCUCUUUUACAGACGAACAAGAUGAACUCUCGAAGCUGAAGGAAAGUCCUUUUCUCCCCCUGCAUUUCUCGACUGCCCUAACUGAGGACGGCUCACCAUUUGCGCCACUUGUGAAGUUGUGUGUUACUUUAGACCAGGCUCGUGGUCUCGUGCAGUUUUGUGCGUCUAUAGCAUCCACAUAUCAGACACCUGGCUCUUCUAAGCUCUCCGCCAACGAACGCGCGUCGCUCAUUAACUCACUUCUCGACGCUGCAGGAGCCCUACCCGUCCAAGUCAAUUCGGCUCGGGCUGUCGUGAUCGUCACUGCUAGUCGAGGGCGCGGAAAGUCCGCUGCGCUUGGCUUGGGACUUGCUGCCGCAUUCGAAGCCGGAUUGCCAAAUAUGUACGUCACUGCCCCGAGCCCUGAGAAUCUGCAUACAUUGAUGCACUUCACCAUACGUGGUCUCAGCGCAUUCGGUCACGAAGAACAUCACGAUUAUGUGGUUACCCGUUCUAGCGAUCCGGAACACAAUCGGGCUGUCAUUCGUAUUGAAGUUCAUCGUCAGACUCACCGUCAAACGUUGGUCUACCUAUCCCCGUGGGAACUAGCUAGUCAUUUAACUGGCGGUGGUCAAAAUGCGGAUUUGGUCUGUAUUGAUGAGGCUGCGGCUAUUCCUAUCACCAUUGUGCGGAUGCUUCUGAUUGAUCCACGACUGGUUUUUAUGGCUUCCACAAUUAAUGGCUACGAAGGCACAGGUCGAUCGUUAUCCCUCAAGUUGAUCAAAGAGCUACGCAGCGAGUGUCGAGUUUCGGAAGCCAGUCUACGUGUCCAGCCAAAGCCGACUACCACAACUGGGGUUUACGACGCUACUGCGGCUAUCCAAAAGUCCGGAGAGGCACCGCUUGGAAAUGGUCUACGCUGGGCGGAUACAUCCCGUGUUCUUUACGAAGUUACGCUGACAGAAGCAAUCCGCUACGCUAACGGCGAUCCCGUGGAAGCCUGGCUGACCGAACUUCUCUGUUUGGAUUGUGGCUCCAGCAUCGUGCAUGAUGAUGGCGUCAAUUCGGGAGCAUACUAUCCACCCGUAGAUCAGUGUCAGCUAUAUUAUGUCAAUCGCGAUACGCUGUUUGCUUACCACAAGUCUACUGAAGUUUUCCUCCAUCGCUUAAUGGCACUAUACGUGGCUUCACACUACAAAAACUCUCCAAAUGAUUUGCAAUUGCUCUCGGAUGCUCCUGCCCACCACAUUUUUUGCCUCCUUGCCCCUUAUGAUCCAGACUCAGGGAAAGUCCCGGAGAUUUUAUGCGUGCUUCAAGUAUGUUUGGAAGGUCGCAUAAACAAAGAUCGAGUGUUGCGUGGUUUGUCUCGUGGUCUAAGGCCAUCCGGUGACCUCAUCCCUUGGACAAUCAGUCAACAUUUCUGCGACUCUGAAUUCGGUGAGUUGUCUGGUGCUCGCAUUGUGCGGAUCGCAACACAUCCAGACUACCAGAACCUUGGUUAUGGUACCCGUGCCCUGAAUUUGCUCCACGAUUAUUACGGCGGCAAAUUGUGUUCCUUUGCCUUGCACAUUUUGCAGUUGCAUCUCAGUCUAACUGAUGGUUUCGACUCCUUCCCAUCUAGCUUGGUAAAGACAGGUUGCGACAUGCAAUUUUUGACCCCACCUUAA